GUCUGGAGUGCUCACCUUUGUAUGGAACACAAGGCUCAAGCAGCUCAGCAGAAUUAAGACAAAUUCUUGAAUGUGAUGCCUCCUCAUUGGAUUUAGAGACAUUUGAUGUGCACACCUUAUCAGAUGCUCUCAAGAGGUAUCUCCUGGACCUGCCAAAUCCCAUCAUUCCAGCAGCUGUUUACAGUGACAUGAUUUCUGUAUCUCAAGAAGUGCAGAGCUCGGAGGAAUAUGCUCAGUUGCUGAAGAAACUCAUCAGAUCUCCAAAUAUACCUCCCCAGUAUUGGCUCACACUCCAGUAUUUGCUCAAACAUUUCCUCAGAGUUUGUCAAGCCUCCAGCAAAAAUCUCUUGAAUGCAAGGUCUCUGGCUGAAAUUUUCAGCCCUCUGCUUUUCAAAUUCCAGAUAGCAAGCUCUGAUAAUACUGAACACCACAUAAAAAUCCUAGAGGUUUUAAUCACAAGUGAAUGGAAUGAGAGAGAGCCUGUACCAG